AAUUGUUCUCGCGGAUUCACAAACAAGCCGAUGUUUACAAAAAGUUAUUUUACUGUUGCAAUAGAUAUAUAAGAGAAGGAGAAAAGGUUUUAGAUUCUAACAUAUCGAGCAGGGGACCUUCAGUAUUGUGGAGUCUUCCGAACAGCCAGCAUGGGAAAGGGACAGCUAAAACAAUACGUCGUAUGUUUCAUCAGCCAGUUAUCGGUGAUGGUGGUGGGCGUGGCCUAUUGCUGGUUCGAGCCAAUCACGAUCCGGCUCGCAGAGGACGCCAACUUGGACUUGAGUACUGAAGAUGUAUCCUGGUUAAUCGCCAUAAUGGAGAUCGGAUGUUUGAUCAGUCCACUAGUAGCCGGUGAAGUGACUAAUAAGCUUGGUCGAAAGUAUGUCAUCAUGAGUAUCGGUCCACUCUGCCUAGCAGGAUGGAUUUUAGUCCUCUUCUCCAAGACAAUGCUGUCCCUGGCGAUCGUCCGGAUACUCCACGGAUUGGCGACCGGAGUCGCCUUCACCAUCACGCCGAUCUACACAGCUGAAGUUGCUGAACCCAAAUUACGAGGAAGGCUAACAGGAACAUUCCAGACAACCUGGUACAUGGGAACACUCUACGCCUUCUCUUUCGGCCCAUACUUCGACUAUGAUGUGUACACUUAUAUCUGCAUUCCUGUUCCGAUCAUAUUUACAAUUGUAUGGAUGUUGAUGCCCGAGACUCCUUACUACCUUCUAAUGUCACAACGAGAAGAAGAAGCAAGAAAAGUUCUAAAGUCUUUUAGGGAUGGUGAUGUCGACAAAGAACUCGAGGACAUGCAUUCAGCAGUAAAAGAAGAGAUGUCUGUCGAGGGAUCUUGGAAGAUACUCUUCACCGACAAGACCGAGAGGAAGGCUUUCAUAAUUGUGCAAAUCGUGUCAAUCACCAAAUUCCUUACCGGAAUGCCAGUAAUUGUGAACUACGCUUUGGACACGUUCACCAGGAGUGAAACAUUCGUCUCAGCUGAAGAAAUGUCCAUUAUACUUGCUGUACUCCUCACUUUGAUCGCUGUGAUCUCCGCCUUCAUGUCCGACUGGAUUGGCCGAAAACCAUUGUUGCUGGUGUCUUGCUUCGGUUGCUUCGUUGCUCACUUCCUCACUGGUGGAUACUACUACAUCCACGAGAAGACUUCCCUCGACGGCGCGAAUUACACAUGGGCGCUGUACCUCGGAUUGGUAAUGUACUGCUUCUUCUCCGACAUCGGACUAGGACCACUACUGCAAACUCUUCAAUCCGAAAUGUUCGGGGCAAGUACUCGAGGAGUCGCAGGUGGUAUCACAGAAGGUUUUGCAGCUUUCUUGUGCUUCGUAGUACUCAAGCUCUACACCCCUGUCAAUGAGAUGUUUGGCGUUUACCUGAACUUCUGGUUCUACAGUUUGACCGGUCUAGUAGGGGGGAUUCUCUUGUUCUGGCUUAUGUACGAGACUGCAGGAAAGACGAUCGGUCAGAUGGAGGAUAAACCAAAGAAAAAAGUCAUGGCUUGAAUGGAAAUACGAAGAACUCUUUUUUACCACUGAAAAUUGCUCAUAUUUUAUUUUUUUAUUUAUUCCAAAGAUAAUAUACAAAUUUUUAUAUAUA